AUGAAUUCGAGCAAAUGGCUGCCAAAAUAUGCCAGUCCCCUAUCGCCCUCCAUCACCUCAGAAGAUUGCGAUGUUCUUCACGAACACGGUGUAUUCAAUGUCCCAGACACCAGGAUUAGAGCCGGAAUUCUGAACGGAUAUUUCCAGUUUGUGCAUCCCGAAUUACCGAUCUUGAGCCCGGAAGGUUUCUUGAUGGUUCUUGAUAAAGGUUACAGCGGUAGUCGCGGCAUCAGCUUUCUAUUGUUUCAAGCGGUAAUAUUCGCCGCUACUGCAUUUCAAUCAGCCGAUUCUUUGGUGCUCGAGGGAUUCCAUGAUAGGAAAGAAGCCCGACAAACGCGGUUUGAGCGCAUCAAACUUCUUUAUUCAUACGGCUGCGAAGAAGACCGCAUCACUGUCUUGCAGUCCGUGCUGCUGAUGACAUAUUGGGAUGAUAUUUCCGAUCAAGAGCAGGACGCUUGGCAUUUUGUUGGUGUCGCGAAGGCCAUUUUGGAUGGUGUCAAAACGAACCCAACCGAUUCCGAAAGAAAAUUCAUUCGACAGCAACCGGGGCUUUGGAGUCGAAUAUCCUGGUCAUGUUACAUCAGAGACCGGCUAGUUUGUCUCCAAACGAGGCGUCCAUUUCAAUUUGAGGAGACUGACUUUAAUUUCCACACGCUCCAACUUUCAGACUUUGAAGUCGGUCCCUUGCCAACCGGGUGUUGUCUCGGGAGUGACGGAAGCCACCCAGCGAUCAGGGAUCCCUCUAUGCGAAGUGUUUUGUCUCAGAUCAGCAUCUCUCUACUAAAAUGCUGCAAGUGUAUCACACGAAUUUUGGACUGCCAAUAUACCCCUUCGUGGGAGACAAACCAAUCCACAGACACACCCAGGAGCAUUCUAUCACUAAGGCCUCCCCAUGCCAUGCAUGUCGAAGUCUUACUCCGCGAUAUUGAGCUUGAGGAAUGGCUCACUACUCUACCUGAUGCUCUUCGAUGGUGCACAUCCGACCCACGCUUUCAGAUCAGUAAGCACGGAGAUGUGCUUUUGCAUUUCCGUGCAAUGCUGGGUGGUAUAUACAGCAUUGCCUGCAGCGCAUUGCAUCGUCCGCAGCUUGUCUUAGUAGCCUCCAGACUACCUGAGCUCACCGAGUUGUCUAAACGAAGACUUCGUCACUCCGCAAAUAUGAUCACCCUGACAUACAAGUAUUUCAGGUCUCAGGGCCAGACUCACUUGUUUCCAGAUUCGCAAGUCGAAAUGUUGUCAACCGCUCUCGCCGCACAUCUGGACGAUCUCGAAUCCACAGAGACUUCGACCCGCCAGUCAGCUAUGGAAUCUUUUCAAUCAUGUGCGCAGGGUUUACAACAGCUCAGAGACACAUAUCCUUCUGCGGCAUCAGCCCUUGCCUCUGUGGAUGAUGGUAUUCAAAAGAUAGCCACUUCACUUGAAAUGAGAGAUACCCAACUCAUUCGCACAGUGGAUAGUGAUAGAGCCAGCUUUGGCGGGACGAUGGUGACUCAACCUGAGUACAACCACCACCCAGAGAUCUUCCCCGCAUCACCGACUAUUGCACAACAACUUGACAACCUUAACCCCCCGCAAAUGAGCAAGCUCCUCUGUUCUCACUUUAUGAUGACAUCAUCAGAAAGGAGUCUACUACAGGAUCUUGCAUCUAUAGGAGUAAACAACUUGGACUUGUAUUCCGACGGAGAUAGCGCCUCUGAUGAAGACUCAUAUGGUUCCACUGGGAAAGACCCUGCUCUAUAUCAGUCGCAACUCUCAUUCACAAAAAUAUCACCACAGACAGAAACAGGUAUUUCCAAUCCCCAAGUAUACCCUUCAAUGGAGUUGUACGAGCAUGAGAAUGCUGGAGAUGAUUGGAACCACCUGCAGUCGUUAUUAUUGGCGUCGGAUGACGGAUGCAAGCUGCAUCAUAUGCGUGAUGAUCAGGAUGAGGAUAUGGCAUUUUCGAUGUUUGACACUACAUAA